AUCGCCGGCGCUAUCGGGUCAUUGUGUACCGAGCAUGUUGACUUUCGCCCCGACAACCCCGCAGAGCCGGGAACGGCAAAGAUGGAUCACACCCUGCAUGCAACGGCUAAUGACCAUCCUUGCCUUGUACGGGAUGGCAACAGCCCCUCUGUACCGGACAAAUGGGUCACUGGGGGUAUGCUAUGGAUGGAUGAAUCCUGGGGAAGCCGGUACCAAGCUUGGGGGAUCCGGACGUGUGGUUGCGAACGGUUGAGGCCUAGGGGGUGCUGUGCAAUUAUACAUUAUUGCCUGUUCCUGGCUCAGGUUCCUCGUCAGAGUAGGAUCUCAGUGUAGGUAUGUACCGGUGGCUGCGCAAAUAGUGCAAGAACGAUGCGGUUCCUGUCUCUUCUUCUCGCUCUAACCUCCCUUGCGGAGGGGGUGUCUCUUCCGCAGCGCCGAAAGGUUGUGCAAUCGUUCAAUGUCCGGCGGAAUCAGAGCUCUGACUCCACGCCGUUGCAAGUCGGCAAUGGCAACUUCGCCUUUGGCGCAGAUGUCACGGGCUUGCAGACGUUCAAGCCGUAUGCCAUCAUGUCGACAUGGGGCUGGCAUAACUUCAGUCUCCCGACGACGCCUGGUCAGACGUCUGUCGAAGACUACACGGGCAUGCAGAUGUGGACACACGGCAGGCUGGUCACUUACGAGAUGCCCAACCCGGCCGAGAAUGAUAUCUCGACCUGGCUCAUUCAGAACCCCAAUCGACUCAACCUGGCCAACGUCGGGUUUACGUUUGGGCAGCAGAAUGUGACCGAGGACGACCUGCAACAAAAGAGCCAGGAACUCGACUUGUGGUCCGGGAGGCUCUCAUCGUCCUUUGUGUACAAUGGAUCUUCCGUCCAGGUCGAGACGUGGGCCGAUCCCGGCUCGGAUACCGUCGCAGUCAAUGUCCAGUCGAAGCUGCUGACACAGGGGCUCGGCCUCUUUUUCGACUUUCCUUACCCCGAUACUGAGAAGUUCAAUGCUCCAUUUGUCGGUCACUUCAACCUCACAUCCAAACACUCAACUGUUCUCGAGCAGCUGUCUCCGAACACAGCCAGGAUCAAGCACAGCUUGGAUGGUGCUACUUACUUCACACACGUCGCGUGGACCGGUCGGGGAAGGAUAGAUGGCCCUGCAGCGGGGACCCAUCGUUAUUCCUUCGCCGCAUCCCAAAGCAACGUCCAGCUAGUCAUCAGUUUCUCCCUCGCCGCUUACGACCAGCCGACAACCACAUAUUCGCGAGUCGUCUCGGCGUCCCGCAACUGGUGGAAAUCCUUCUGGACCACGGGCGCGUUCAUCGACCUCUCGGCCGUGCAGGACCCCCGAGCCAAGGAUCUCCAACGGCGCAUCAUCCUUUCCCAGUACCUCACCGCCGUCAACUCGGCGUCCUCCUACCCGCCGCAGGAGUCCGGCCUGGUCAACAACGGGUGGUACGGCAAGUUCCACUUAGAGAUGGCUCUCUGGCACCUGCUGCCCUUCGCGCGCUGGAACCGCUUCCCGCUGCUCUGGCGCAGCCUGCCGUCCACGUACCACCAGUUCCUGCCGACCUCGCUCGCGCGCGCCCGCAUGCAGGGCUACGCCGGCGCGCGCUGGGGCAAGAUGAGCGACCCGUCGGGCCGCAGCGCGCCGGGCGACAUCAACGCCCUGCUGAUCUGGCAGCAGCCGCACCCCAUGUACUUCGCCGAGACGGAGUACCGCGCCUUCCCCGGCGCGGCGACGCUCGCGCGCUGGGACGCCGUGCUGACCGCCACGGCCGACUUCAUGGCCUCGUACGCCUUCUGGAACGCGUCCACGCGCGUGUACGACCUGGGCCCGCCCAUGUACCCGGUCUCGGAGAACACGGACCCGAACGCGACGGUCAACCCGACCUUCGAGCUGGCGUACUGGCGCUUCGGGCUGGACGUGGCGGUGCGGUGGAAGACGCGCCAGGGCAAGCCCGUGCCGCGCGCGUGGCUGGCGGUGCGGGACGGCCUGGCGCCGCUGCCGAUGGCGGACGGCGCGUACGCCGUGUACGAGGGCAUCCCGGGCAUGUGGACGUCGAACGCCACGACCAACGAUCACCCGGCCAUGGCGGGCAUCUUCGGGCUGCUGCCGCCGCCGGCGAGCGGCCCGCCGCUGGACAUGGCGGCGGUGAAGAAGACGGCGGCGUUGAUCAAGGAGCUGUGGGCGCUGGACUACUCGUACGGGUGGGACUUUGGCAUGCUGGCCAUGAACUCGCUGCGGCUCGGGGACCCGGAGCAGGCGGUCGAGUAUCUGCUGCAUCCGAUCUUCCAGUUUGAUGACGCUGGGUAUCCCGUGGGCGGGUCGAGGGUGCCGACGCCGUACUUCCCGAACUCGGCUUCGUUGCUGAUCGCGACGGCGAUGAUGGCAGGCGGCUGGGAUGGGAGCGAGGGGAAGACCGGCCACUGGCCUAAGUCAUGGGAGAAGGAUGUCCAGGUGGCAGGCUUUGAGCCCGCGAUGUGAGAGAGACCACGCAUUUAGUGUCGGCACUCCUGUAACAGGGCGCAGUACCUACCAUGGCUGUCAAGAUAUACAUACGUAUAUUUACGUUGCCCGCUGAGUAUCCGAAUCGGCUAGGCGUGAAUCACUCCAGAGAGCUCCCCUAGUUCCGAGUAGCAGCGA